AUGUAAAAAAAAUGUGUAAAAUCAAAGAAAUUUGUUGAUGAAAAGUAACACGUUUCAUAUGUGUAGAGAUUAAUGAAUAAAAAAUAUUUUGUUUACAUCUUACAAGAUGAUAUAGAUUGCAAAGACAAAAAAUUUGAAUUAAUGUGCUAAGAGUUAAACAGCUUAGGUAUAGAGCUUCUUAUUUUAUAGCUCAACAAACUGUCAUCUUUACAAGAAUAAAAGGUUUCCUAGCAUUAUUUUAAAGAUCAAAUCGUUGUGAGAUAUUUUUAUGAUGAAAAUAAGAUAGCAGAAUACCUUUACAAUUAGAGAGAAACAUAUAAAUUUAGAUAAUUUCCUUUAAUUUAUGAAUAAUAUUGA